AGAAUGAGUAAUGUAUUUUAUGUUCUUUUUGUAGAUGAAAGAUGAAGACUUUGAUGAGUUAAAUGCGCUAAUGUGGGAGCCACAAGAGUGUAUCCCCUUUCCCCCAUUGUACUCACCCAUGCCAGGGGAGAUACAAUCUUCUUAUAUGCCUUGCACAGUCAAUGAUGAUUAUGAAAAGAAUGCUUAUAUUUCUCAGUUCUUGGAUUCUAUUCUUAAUACUUCAGACGAUUAUUCAACCAUUGAAAGUGAGACCCCUAAGAACAUGCCCCUUGUUAAGGACAGUGGAUCUUGCAGCGAGUCAGAUGUAGAAGUAGGCCAAUCAUUGCCUGAGGCAGAAUUUCCUAAUUCAUUGUGGUCUGAGGCUGCUCAUUUUAAGAUGGAAAGACCUCCAGAAGAUUACAGAAGUCUGACAAACCAGUGUUUCUUAGAGCCUGAACCUUUCAAACAGGAUGUUUUCUCAUCUGGUUCUGCCGCUGGCCAAUCUUAUGAUCGUUACAAUAAAUUAAACAAUCAGAUGGAUGCAAUCGGCAGCAAUGACGUUGCUGGAACUGGAAUCAGGAUUAGGACACGCCAACGACAGAGUAAUCAAAAGAAUGAUGGCUCGUUAACUCAGGGCACUGCUUCAAGAAGAGUACGGCUGCAGAGUAAACUUCAAGUUGGGUCAGUGGUUUACAAGGAGUCAGGAGCUGAAACCGACAUGCUAGAGGAAUAUGAAUCAAAACCCCUUGUUAGAGAGGGAGUAAAAGCUGCAGAAAAGUCAAGGGAAAACAGUAAUAUUUCUGAAGAGCUUACUACAAUUGAUAGACCUGAUGGAAAAUUGAAUGGCAGCGUUUCAACGGAUAGUGAAAUUUCAAAGGCUUUUCGAGGCCGUCAGUCACUUGCAGUUUUGUUUAGGGUAGCUGCAAUUAUAGUAAUGUUCUCAGUCUUGGUUAGCACAUUCAGGUGUCUUGAUCUUAAAUUAUAGUUCUGCAUAGAGAGAUCUUAUCCGUGUGUAUAGUCUGCUAUUUACUUCUUUUUUUUGGGAUUUACUAACUAGACUUGAGGAGAUAUAUUUGU